GAAAACGUUGUUCUAUAAUUCGCUAAAGCAUGACCAAGUCAGACAUUUCUAAGGUGUAAAAAAGUGGCCUUAGGAGAAAGAAUAUUAAAUAUUUCGAUUGUACUUUACCCUUUUGGUCUCUUACAGAUAUAAACAAUAAACAUGAAUCUGGAUUCAGGAAAAGCUCGGACGGUUAUGUUUAAGAACAAAGGGAAAGAUGCCGACGAAAUGCGCAGAAGACGAACAGAAGUUACAAUUGAACUUAGAAAGAAUAAACGCGAGGAACAUAUGCUUAAAAGACGAAAUGUUCCAACUCAAGACAGCACAGAUUCUGAAGACAAUGAGAAGCCAACAACUCAAUCUUUAGAGACUAUAGUAGCUAAUGCAAACAGUCCAGAGCCAGAAAUUCAGUUAGGAGCAGUUCAAGCUGCAAGGAAAUUGUUAUCAAGUGAUCGUAAUCCUCCAAUAGAUGAUCUUAUUUCAUCUGGAAUUCUUCCAAUACUUGUCAACUGUUUAUCUAAAGAUGACAACCCUUCAUUACAAUUUGAAGCUGCCUGGGCAUUAACAAACAUUGCUUCUGGUACAUCUGCUCAAACACAGGCUGUUGUUAAUGCUGGAGCUGUGCCAUAUUUUCUACAACUCUUGAGGUCCCCACAUCAAAAUGUGUGUGAACAGGCUGUAUGGGCUUUGGGUAAUAUAAUUGGUGAUGGUCCACAGUGCAGAAACUAUGUGAUAAGCCUUGGAGCUGUCCAACAUUUGUUGACCUUUAUCAAUCCCAGCAUACCCUUACCUUUCUUACGCAAUGUUGCUUGGGUUAUUGUCAACUUGUGUAGAAACAAAGACCCACCACCUCCUGCAGAAACAAUAGAAGAGAUUCUUCCUGCUUUGUGCCAACUUAUCCAUCACUCAGAUGUCAAUAUAUUGGUAGACACAGUGUGGGCUCUCUCAUACCUUACAGAUGGCGGAAAUGAUCAGAUUCAAAUGGUGAUAGAAAGUGGAGUUGUUCCCUUCCUUGUUCCAUUACUUAGUCACCAGGAUGUUAAAGUUCAGACUGCUGCACUCCGAGCUGUGGGCAACAUAGUAACAGGCACAGAUGAACAGACUCAGGCAGUGCUCAACUGUAGUGCUCUGCAACAUUUCUCUGCACUGCUCACUCACCCCAAAGAAAAAAUAAACAAGGAAGCUGUUUGGUUCUUGUCCAACAUCACAGCUGGCAACUACCAUCAAGUACAGGCAGUCAUUGAUGCUGGACUAAUUCCUCUGAUUAUUCACCAUCUUAACAGGGGUGACUUCCAGACACAGAAGGAAGCAGCCUGGGCUAUCAGUAACUUAACCAUCAGUGGCAAGAAAGAGCAGGUUGCAUAUGUGGUGGAGAUGGGAGUCUUACCUCCCUUCUGUAAUCUUCUGUCUGUGAAAGAUGCUCAGGUGGUGAAUGUCGUGCUUGAUGGCAUCAACAACAUCCUAAAGAUGGCUGGGGAUGAUGUGGAACACAUCUGUCAAAUUAUUGAGGAAUGUGGAGGCCUAGACAAAAUUGAAAGCUUGCAGAACCAUGAAAAUGAAGAAAUCUAUAAAUUGUCCUAUGAGAUUAUAGAUGGAUACUUUCAAGAAGAUAAUGAUGAGGAAACACUUCUACCACAAGCUUCAAGGGAUGGGUAUCAGUUUGACCCUAAUGCACAAAUUCCCCAAGAAGGCUUCAAAUUUUGAUUACGGCUUUGGAAAAUUGGCUUUGAGACAACAUAAGUAGUGACUGAUUGAAAACUAGACAACAGGACUUAAAGUGGAGCUGCAACCACUCGUUUAUCCAACACAAAUCUCCCAAUCCCUCACUCCAGGGAUAGAUGAUACUCAUCUACAUUACCAUUAUCAUUGGAUCACCGACUGCCUUCCAGCGACACCAGGGCCAGCCAUUAUUUCUUGUUCCCUGAUGGACAGCCUCCCCCCCAUGGUUUGCAAUUCAACUGCAAUGGACUAUCAUGGAGUGAUUCAUCCUAUAGUGAUGACUCAAACAGCAUGUGACAUGCUUCUAGUUGUACACUGGCCAAUGCUACAUUUCUGACACUCAUUGCUGACUUGGUUACGGCCUGUGUGGUAGAUCAACUACAGGGGCCACCUUUGAUUCUUGUGUUGGGACUGGUUCAACAGACGACAAGAUAGUCACUACUUGACUUAAUGACUGAAGUUUUUUUGUUUCAACUCUAGACAUUGUAAUGGCGCUUGCUAUCUUUGUAUUGACUUUGACAGAGCCAGGUAUACUACCUGGAUUGACUGAUUCCCCCCCUCCCCUACUGGUAUGUCAACAUUAUGUGGGGCUCUUGUAUGGUCUAUUCUCAUAUGCUUAAUAAGCGCCGGUGUUUUUUAAUACAUGCCUUCUGAUUACUAUUUAAAGUUUUGGUUCAGCUUUCUUUUCAAGACCUGUUGGACUAAUAAUGUUCAGUUAGCCCUAACAGCCUUGAAGAAAGGUUUGCCCCAACAGAAUCAGGAGACACUAUAUUUACUACUUCUUAAGGUGUUGGAUAGGUUUAUGAUGGUCACUGCAGGUCCUUGACAUCUGACACUGGACUGUCUAAUCUGUGAGGACACGCGUCUGCUGCAGUUUAUUCAUUUAUACCAAGAUACAAAAUUAAAUUUGUUUUCUCAACCCCCUGCUGUCCUAUUUGUUUUUUUCAAGUUUGGACUUUAUGUUGAAGUUCGUGCAUGUUUAGCUACCAAUUACUGUUUGCCCUCUAAUAAGUUACCCUCAAACAGCAUGGAUUUAAUAAAAUGCUAACUAUCAGUCUUUUGUUAAAAUAAAUCAUGUUCAUUAGAAUUUUUUUUUUUAAAACUAUUCAAACAUCAUUCCCUUUGAACUAUUUCUGUAUUCUUGUUAUACUUCCAUUUCUUGCAUUCAAUUUUUUUUUCUUACUUGAUGGACCAUUUCAAAGUUUAGUAAUUUUUACUUGGCAUUACAAGUUAUUAAUACUAGUGUUCAUAUUGGGUUGUAGUAUUCUAAGUAAAUUACAGCACUUAAUUAGUAAUUAAAAUGUGAAAUUAGAUUUGAAGUGGUCCACUGAAAUAUUAUUGCUCAUUUUUUUAAGUCAACUAAGCUGUGGAUGUUGUGUUUAAAAAUCAACUGAAUUUUGUUUGUGUUAAGCAUCUCUACAGAUCUGAUUGUGAGAAUCCUGAGCUAGGCUUUACACCUAAUAAAUUCAAUUUUCAUAUACUUUAUUUUCAACAUCAAAAUUUUUUUUAGAAAAUCCCAUUGGAUUUAUUUUAAACAGACCAACCAAGGCAAGAUAAUUUAAAAAAAAAUGAAAACUAUGUCAUCCAAGAAACACAUUUUAAGUUAUAAUAAAAAAAACCAUCCAAUGCAUGUGUAUAUAAUUAAAUGAAAUAUGCAAGAAAUGUAUUGCUUAUGUUCUUAACAUUUGAAUAUUGUCUAGCCUUUUGAAGCCAUAGACAGGAUGAGAGUUGAUCAGGUCUGAAGAUUGUACAAUUCAUUGUUGCUAUUUAUACAUUUUUUUUUUGUUUGAGUUCAAUCAUGCUGUCACCAAGAUUCUUUUUUUGGUUUUAUUAUGUACAUAUAUUCCUAUGAUCUGUACAUAAUGUUAAUUAUAAAAACAACUAAAUUGACAAGUAGAAAUAAAAAAAAAUUUGCCAGCGGUCUUAUGAUGCCAAAUCACUUUAGUAGCAUAACAGAUAAACCGUCGUCUUUAUAAAUUAAACAAGUAAAAUUUGCAAUAUUAUCAGAUAUUGUUUUAAAAUGUUUAGUUUCCAUACAAUUAUUUUUUAAAUGGAUUAAAAUUAUUUCAUUUCAAA